AUGCUACACCGGGCUCAGGAGCAUCCUGGCUGUCUUAGUGCGCUUGUUGGCUGCUGGCUUGCUCCUGGACGCCCUGGUGGUGGGGCCUGUAACUUGGCGGCUCCACCGAUACGCCACCGUGCAGGGGGGCACCGAACUGAGAUAUUGCCAAUGCGCGGCCUUCUUCGAGCAAAGGCGAAGCGAGCAUUGUGGGGAGGUCGCCACGGCGCCCUACAACAACACGCGCUGGCACGAGUACUGGGUCUCCUUGAACUGCUCGGCGCUAAAGGCCGAGGCGACGUCUGCGGAGGCUGUGGCGGAGGACUGGUUCCUGCACCGCCCCCUGUCGCAAACCUUCUUGCCGGUGCUUCUCAUUGUGGUUGUGCUGGCGUCAGCACCUUCAACGUGAUGGUCCCUUUUCUGCUCUUCGGCUCCACCUUCUUCCUGGUGCAGUUUCGUGUCCUUGGCGACAUCACCAACGAGCGCUAUGCAGGCUACGAGCUGGACGAGCUGACGUGGAAGAGGAUCCUCAUGACUGCGCUUGCCAUGACCUUGCUCGGCUUGUGCUUUUCUCGAUUCCUUCGUACCUUCAUGCACCGCUACUACAGCCGAUGUUUGCACUUGGCUUUCUACGCUGGCGGCAAGAACUGUAGCUGGUCGGCCGUUCGCAAGAACCCCUACUGCCCGGUUCUGCUCCUCAACGCCACUGUCAACGACUACCUGCGCCUCGCCGACAAGGAGCCGUCCAGUGACAUCACCUUCAGUCAGCUGCACACCGGCGGCGAGCGCGUGGGCUACUUCUGGGCCUUCGGCGCCAGGCCCCUGGCAAGAACCGCAGCACUCAGCGGGGGUGCCAUCGAUGGUUUCAUCAUGGGUAAGUACGACACGGUGAGUCUCAGAUUCUGGUUGGAGUUCCUGGGAGUCUACAUGGGCGACUUCGUGUACAUUGCUCGCAACUCAGGAGCCGGGGCGAGGACGAUGGCCUGGCUGGAUCGGCUUCCCAGCCUCAUCUGCCUGGAGCUGAUUUACGGGCUGCUGCUGGUGGCUGUGGUCUUGUCCAUGCACCCGACACACAACCACUGCUCCGUGGCCGUCGGCUUGUGCAAAUGGUCAGCACUUUUCGCCACCGCGGUGGCGGGACUUUCAUUUUUCAGCUUCCUCCCCUGCCUAGGCUGCUUGCAGCAUUCCCCCCUGCUUCGGACGCUUCAGCAGGCAACACGCUUCUACUACCAGUCGCCCCAGCCACCUGGCAUGGUCUACAUCAGCGACGGCGGCGUCUUGGAAAACACCGGAGUGCUUUCGCUGCUCCGGCGACGCCAGCGUCGGAUUCUGGCUGUGUACGCUGGCGAGGAGGGUCCGGGCAAGGAGUUCCAUUGCAUCAAGAAGCUCCUGAAGUGGAUGCUUGAGCCCCAGGAGACCUCGGGCUUGAAGGCGGGCUACCCAACACCGCCUGUAUCCUCCGGCCGAGGCAAAAGUCCUCAUCUGCCAGGGCCCCUGUGGCCGGGGGUUUGGGCCUCCGCGGGCAGCACUGGGCGGCAGGGGCAGAUUGAGUUCGUGCCCCGGGGAGCCGCGGAUGAGGUGCUCGUGCAGUACAGCCAGGAUCCGCAAGACUUCGCGUCCCUGGCUUGGACUCCACUGCACGACCUCCGGGUGGUGGAUGCCAGCACGAGGCGAGCCACAGAGCGGCCGGAUGUUCGCGCUUACAGGGAGGCACUCAGAGCCAUCAAGCUGAGAAGCGAGGGGCGGACUGCCGAGGAGAUCGCCAAGGAGCUGGGAAGGACCCCGAGCUGGGUGAGGCAAAGGAUGGAAGUAAGCCCUUCCGCGCUGCAGAAGCCCAAGGGCCUGGAAUGGUGGGAUGCGGAAGGGUUUUGCGACGUCACCUACCUCCGCGGAUAUGCGCGUCGAGCUGGGCUCUAUGAGGAGAUUGUCGCCGCAGUGGACUGGGAGCAAGACAAGGUCUGGCGCGUCCGCAAGCAGGAAGGCAAUGCAAACUGGCACCUGCGCACCGUCAAGGAAUGCCCUGGGCUAGGCGUUCCCUGGUACCUGGUUGAGGGCUUCAAAAUCCAGACCCUCAUGGCUGCAGCAGCCUAUAUGGACUGGAGUGCGGAGUUGCGCCGCCUCCAUGACCUUUGUCAAGGCAGGGACGCCUGUGAGAUUCAGCAUUUCCCACCGCAUUUUGACAGGAUUCCUGAGUUGCCAGGAGUUCUGCCACCGGUCCGAGACUGUCGAUGCGUACUUGUCCAGGCGGGUGUUGACCCGAGGCAGGUGUGGGCUCAAGUUAACGUUUCCCAUGAGCUGCUUUCUGAGGAUGAGGUGUUGGAGGACCAUGAGCGCUUGGCCACAGCUGAGGACCUUCGGCGAGUGUGGCGCCUUUGGCAGCAGGGCAAUAGGCGUUGGAGGGAGCCGGCCUACGAGCCUGUUGCCAGUCGUGACACAGAGAUCUUGGAUCCCGUGGCCAGAGCCAGCCGCACCUUGCAGGAGUCCGACCCCUUUACCCACCGUGCACAGUGUGCGGCUGUCCAGCUAUCUUGGUGUGCGGGGCCUGCCGGUGCCGUGUGUGCCAAGAGUGCAGUCGGACAUGCCCCAACUGUCAUGCUGAGUAGGCUGGCCCUGGCGCUCUUGGGGGCAGGUUGCUUGCUGCCGGCCUCCAGCCCAGUGCAGUCUAUGGAGGAGCUUGCAGGCCAGGAGGCAUUGGCAGGCGCCGGGCCGGAGGCGACGGCGGCCCGUGUGGCCCGGUGGAGGGCAAGGGUCGGAGCGCAGGCCGAGGAGGACUUUGCCUUCGCGUUCUACAGUUUUGACAAUGCCCUGCAGGUGGCGGGGCCGGAGGUGGCAGCUUCUUGGCAGGAAGUACGCGGUCGUCUGCGUGAUGCCUCGGGGUUGGCUCUGGUCCAUGCUGCGGCUGAGGCUGGUGCUCAAGUGAGUUGCCCUUCACGCCCUCCAUUGCCCAGACGUUAUAAGCCCGUCCCGCCAGGAGGGCGGAUCAAGCAGCAGGCUGCGGUGCCCAAGGCCAAGGACGGCAUCACUGAGGCUAUGAUCCGAGAGCUCACGGACCUCCUGUUGGGCGCACACUGCCGCCGCCCGAAGGGGGAGUUGACCUCCGACAGGCAGCGGGAGUGGGAGGCCUCUGUCCAUCGUCUGGUGGUGACCCAGGCGAGUCACACGGAGCCGGUGACUUUCCGCAAUGUGAUUCGUACAUUGAGGGAGCUCUAUCAUUUCCAGGUCCUUCGAGGGCGUCUUCAAGGUUUGGAGGAGGUCGAGCCGGUCGAUGUUGAUACUUUUCUCCAUGAGGGCACGAAGGCGCCAAGCAGGAGCUUGCAGGCGCUUAGGUGGGCCAACAAGAAUGCAACAUUGCAGUGGCUCAUUCCGGAGCUGCGAUUGGCCAAGCAGCCCCAGGCUGGUAAGAAGCAGCAGGCUUUAGGGGUGGAGCCCCCGCUUUUAUCCCAUCUGGAGGAGAGGAUCGUGGCGCUUUGCAGGGCAGGCGACGCCAGGUGGACGGCGUUGCUGGGGCAAUGGCUAGUAGGAGCGGGUGUUCUCCGGUACAAGCACCUACACCUGUCCACUGUGCUGAAAAUCACUGCCUCUACGGUCCAUUGCUACUGCACCCGUGGCAAGCAGGCCAAGCUGAGGUCCGGCUUUUACUGGUGCGUACCUGCACGCUUUUUGAACCAGUUUUCCUGGUCCACUGCGUGGAGGGAGUUGUAUGCAUCACUUCCCGCCGCUAGACGCAAGAACUGCGGAUUGGCCUUUGACUUCCGAGGCAACAGCUGGUCCCGGCUGGAGUCGGUCCGAGCCACUCAGGACGAAUUCCGUCGCGUGCUGGAGGAGCCCCAGCUGUUGACGAGCUAUUCCUGGCGUCGCUUGGGGACGACUGUUGGGCUCUUGGCCAACUUCACAGUGCCCCAGCUCGCAGCCUUGGGGGACUGGGGUGAUCGUAUCGAGGACAGUCAGGCAAAGAUGCCUAUCCACUAUGCAGGUUCCCGGUACGGCCUCAGUAGGUAUUGCAAACACUAUGCGUAUGCAGUGGCGUCCCAUCUGCGUGAGCAUUUGUCCUGGGAGGCGAUCCCACCGUGGGCAGUUGAGCUGGCGUGUGCGGCGGCCAAGGUGGAGGCCGAGACCGCCGUGGAAAGGGAUAGUGUCGUUGUCUGGAGUUCUCCGUGCAGAGUAAUGUAUGACCAGAGGAGGCUCAAGCUGACUGCGUCGGCCAGGAAUCGUCUCCGCCAAGCUUCCCGCGGUAUGGCGUAUCAGGCUAUGGUGGCGAUGCCGCCAGCUAUCGCUGGAAAGCGCUGUGGUUCAGCCCUGCGAGAUGGCACCCCGCUGUGUCCUCAGUUUAAUAUGGGCACCUGCGUCAAUGGUGACACGUGCGCAGUGGUUCACAGGUGCUCCGCGGCACAGAAGUCUGGGCGAAUCUGCGGGGGGUAUCACUCAGCUUUGGAAUGCCGUAAUCCAAAGACGGAACGCGUCCAGAUCCAGCUUGUGCCAGCAGCCAGGGCGAAGUCGGACACGGGGAAGGCGCUCCUGGAGUGGCGUUGGCUUUGGCUGUGGAGCCAAAUGGGCCGGCAGACCCCCCAGGUCUACAAGCUCAGGUCCGGCGGCAAGAUCAUCCUCUCUGGACUUCCACUCGAACAGUUCCGCCACCUUUACCCGGACACGGCCUUGCAGGUGUGCUGCCUCGGCCAAACGCCUGAGUCCCGCAAAGGUAUUAGUUUGGCAGGCGCCCGCGUCUAUGUUGUCGACUUGACCGAGCUGUCCGAGUCGGCCAAAAAGUGGACCGACCUGUUCACCGCCAUUUGCCGGAUGCUAUGGGCCGGGGACGUGGUGGUGAUCCAUUGCAUGGCUGGUCGGCAUCGGGCUGCGUUGCUGACAUGUUUGCAGUUGGCGCUGAUGAGAGACCAAACUUUGGAGGCCGCAGAAGCGGAUCUUCUUCGGCGCCGGUCUGUAGAGCUCAACCAGGUGCGCCGGUAUGACGGUGGAAACUGGGCAUGGGCCCAGCGUGCCUUGCAGAGCACUCGGUUGCCUGCGUGCUUCCCUGUGCCCAGUGGCUACACCGCAUCGGACAGCUCAAACUUACAUCUGCGCCUGCCCAAUGGCAUCACCUUGUGCAAGCAUGCCCAGAGCCCGGAGAGGGCCGUGGGCCGGCUCCGCAAUGCGCGCUUCACGGAGGACCGCAGGGAGGCAGUGGCGUGGGGACGCGCGCCCUGUGAGACCUGCUUUGCCCGUGCUUCUGCAAGGUGGUGGCCAGUCAUCUGA